GAAAGACUGACAUAUGUUUGAAAUAAUGCAGCGCAUAAUAUUACUAGUAAUUAAAAAAAAUGGAAAUGUGCAUGUCAUUGUUUUGUUGCGUAAUUUGGAACAACGUGAACGAAUACAACCGAUUAUAUUAAUAUUGACACAUAUUAAUUUUUGAUGGAGAAACUCGAAAGAUACAUGACGUAACAUAUACCCGAGGUAGUAUCCCGGUCGUCAUACUUCCCGGGCCUAUACGAGGUAAAAUCAAUCAAUAAAUACACUAAUUAAGUGCUGUCACUGAUAACGGGCACCUGGCCUACAGACACCCAUGCUAUAUUAGCUGACAGAUUAUAAAACAAUUGAUGUUUGGUCGGACUGAUAACUAUAUGGUAUUAGCAUAUCGGACAAUGCCUGGUGUCUAGUUUUUUGCAAACACUUGAUUAAAACGGACCAAAUGAAAAACCAUUUUCUAAGGAAAAAUACAAUUUUUGGUAAAAAGAUGAAGAAUUACACACAUCAUACAGAGAGCUCAGACUCCAGCUGGGUCAAACCCACCAUUGUCUUUCUGGACAACAAUCACAAAUAUGUAUGUCAGUGGCUAAACGACUGUGAAAAACAUAAUGUUCAGAGUGUGAAUGGUGAGGAAUUUCCGGAGUAUCCCCCUGUCCCUCUAAGUACAGCCAGUGAUACAUUCUGCGAAGAGGCGGAUAUUUCGACAGAUAACGAGACAGAAAUUCAGAAGUGGUCAACUUGGCGGACCAAGGUCAACGAACGCCUAAUCAAUAACGUGUUAGUGUUGGAUCAGUUGUACGCGGAAGUGGACAGUGACGUCAGGGAAAACGUGCCGUCCAGCGUUGUUUGUUACCAGGAAGCUUCCAAGAGCAUGCACAGAUCUUCCACAGACCUCUCGCUUCCUGAUUUUACGGUGUACGGAAUACCUCGAGCCCGGCUUGGAAAAUAGACAGUGUUACAAUAGCUGUUACAUUCGUAGUGCAAUAACUAGCGAAGCCGGUUGACAUGUACAGCAAUUUUUACAUCCGAGACACAAACUAACUUCAAAUUUCAGAUGUUUUGUAGUAUGGCGCUUUCAGAUGUUUUGAACCAUCAGCUGGUCUCUCAUUCAUAGUGAAAAUUGCAUGUAUUUUCAUAUUAUAACCUCAUUGUUCUAUUUAUCCAUAUGAUCUCCACAAAAGUGACGAUUUUACCCAUCCAACCCAGUGUUUUUCAAAUAAAUUUGAUAUUAAUUAUACAAUA